AUUGAAUUUCAACCACUCUCACUCUUUCACUCAAUAAUGCAAUUACACACUGGGCAGUAGUUCUGCACUUCAGUCUAUCGCCGGAUCAGUAAAAUAAUCAGUUGCUUUAACCCGCGCCCACCCGCUCCGACAGAUAUGGGUGCAGCCAAGCAUCCGGCAGGAUUUACGUUGACACUGGUGACUAAAAAACCAACUUGGUUCGCAAACUUGGAUGAUAUCAUCUGACGGCACGCAACUAUCGUAGAUUGGGAUGGAGUGAAGUGUGACGCAAGAAAUACCUUUUCAUAAAAUGUUUCUACCAUGAGACUUUUACAUGCUUGGACUCUGACCUCAUCUGGUUUAUUGCUCAUGCAAAAAUCUUCAAAGGCAACACACCUGGAGAGAUCCGCAGAGAAUAUAGGAGUUGACAUGCCGAAGGAUUAGAGAAGAAAAGAUUUUAAAUGGACUAAACGCAAAAGGUAGAUGGAUAUCUAAACGCGAAAACUCCAUUAGUGUUACCGGGGAAAACCCAAUUUUAUCUCAGUCGGGUUAAGUCCCAAGGCUGCAUAUUGAUGUCUUCUAUGCAACAGUUAAACAAGCCCCGUCAUGUCAUGUUUGUCAGUGUACAGGUGCGAGGCACAGCCAAGUUUCAUGACAGAUUCGUGUGUGCAACCUUGGAAUAUCCAGCUCAAGAACAUUUGUUAACAAACAAAGAUGGCAUUGACCUAUGAACCCUAACCGUCAAAUUCCAAACUUGAUUAUUGGACAAAGGAGUAUAUACAAAAGCAUUGGACAACUUUGCAGAUCACUUCAAAAGUGCUCAUAAAAAGUUGCCAAGAUGCCACUGAGAACAUCCUUGCACAGAAAGCCAACAUCUGGCCGUUGGUCAAGCAGACACUCGAAGCGCAGAGAAAUUCUCUCCGUCAACAUGAUCAGUCUACCACUGGCUGAUUUCCGCCAUAUCUCCCAUAUUGGAAAUAACGCCCAAACGGACAGCUUUGGAGACCUUUCUUUCCUAAAAAUGGGCCACAAUUUGCUUAUGCAAAGCUCCCAAAGUGAGCAAAAUCUCUUCUUGGCCUGCUCUCCACCACCAAAGCCCCCUCGUCUAAAUGUGGAAGCAGAGGGUUCAGACAGCUCAGACUGGCCUGACAUGCACCAGGAAAAUGUCAGCCAGAAAAGACAGAAAUGCAGCUCUAUGCCACUGCUGGACAGCAAGGAAUGCGAGACAGAAUUAGCGGACGGGCAUGAAAGAGGAAACAACAUUGCAACCAAUCAGUUUUCUAACACUGAAUGGGGUCACCAGACUGCAGACUGGAUUGCAGACUCUGCGGUGGUUGGUGACAAAAUUGAAGGGCAACAGGGAGAGGAGGACAAUGGCUUUUCUUUUAGCCUUGACCUGGGUCCUUCCAUUUUGGAUGAUGUUCUGCAGGUGAUGGACAAACUUCAACAUUGACUGAAUUAACUAGCAACACAAGGCGAAAAAGGGGCAAGCCAUCUCAUGUCCCUUUUGAGAGAUACGCAUAAUUGUUCACUGUAUUAAAAAUUAGAGUGUGCCUCUUCUUGGGAAAUGCAAGUUAAGAACCAAAAUUUUAAACAAAAAUUACCUGAAAUUGCCGGCAUUUCGUCUGGAUUGUACUGAACUGGUUUGGAAGAAAUCUAAUUUAUUUCUAGAAAGGAACUAUAUUAAACUAGUCAUAUCAUGUUUAAAAAUCCACUUUGUGGAAAAAUAAUUGAUGUUAACCUUUGAGUUGUACUUUUUUACCUUUGUGUACACCCUUUUCUUAUCAACUCUUCAACGUGUUAAGGCAGUUAAGUAAUAUAGUAUUAAGGAAAGAAAAGAAAAAACUGGAGCCCAAAGUCCCAGAGCUGUGAUUGUCUUUGCAUGCUUGCCAAUCCGUUGUGUGCAAAGAGCAAUUUCUCCUACACACGCAAUUCUGAGGCCCCACUGAAAGGUAGACCAAGGUACCCCCCAUCUCUCAUCGCUCGCAAAACAGUGAAAACAAACUUUUGGCUCUGCUUCCAAUGAAUGCCAUAGCCAAUUGUGGCAGGUUUCUCUGUAGCCCAAGCCGGGCCACGGGUCCAAGAUCUCAGAGAAAAACUUCAGCAGGCUAUUUUCUUAGCUAUAAACAUGCUCCACUGAAUGGCACACAAGAGAGAAAGUGAUAAAUGGUGAAAUGAUACUUCACGUACACAUGGGUUGGGAAAAGCAUUUGACAUCAAUUUUACCUGUGAAACGUUUUUUAUUGAUGGGGUUUUAAACACAAGCGUCUGACCAAACAAACCCGAGAUGAAAAAUAUAUGUUGUAUAUCACACACUCUUGCCCACAAGAAAAUGAGAACACAUGCAAAUGCUCUCGUAUAUGGAAUGAAGAAGAGAAGAUACAUCUGCAGUCAGUCAUCUUUCGUCGCGGAAAAAAGACAGCAAACCAGUUGUGGGGUAAAGCCAAAAUAGGCAACAUACCCAAGUGCAACAUGGGUCAUUGAACAAACCACAAGUGUCCCACUGCUAGGAAAUAGACUUGGAAUUCUGUGCAUGUCCAACGGAAACAACAGUGCUGUGGGCACAUCUGCACUAUAUCUGUUUGGAUCGCUCCUAUUUUAAACUGAGUUUCAUUGUCCCUGACUUUUUCUUAUAUUUCAAAUUGGAAAACAGAUUGUGAAAUACUUCUGCAUCCUAAAAAAAAGUUUAUAUUUCAGAGAAGUAAA